AUGAGCUAUGAGGAGAUUGGUUUUCAAAUUGCUGAUAAAGUUAGUGACUUGACGAAGUUUAGCGAAAUCUGUAUUAGCCUGGGGUGUGAUGGAGGUUAUAUUGCAAAAUACAUUUCAAAAGACAAACUUGGUGUUCUUUUACAAUGUGAUAUGAGUGAGGGUUUUGUUCGUCGUAGCAACUCUGCCCCAGGUUCUCAGAUUCCCGUAUUAAGUGUUGUUGCAGACGAAGAACUAGUUCCGUUCAAGAGUCACUGCGCCGAUCUUAUUGUUUCAAAUUUGAGCGCUCAUUGGAUCAAUGACCUUCCAAAUUGGUUUUCGCGAUGCUUCUCAAUAUUGCGUGAGGAUUGUCCGUUUAUUGGUGCAGUUUUAGCUGGUGAUACUUUGCAAGAGCUCAGAAUCUCUUUACAGUUAGCUGAAAGUGAACGCUUGGGUGGCAUUGGAGCUCAUAUUUCUCCUUUCUUAAUGCCACAAGAUGUUGGUAGCUUAAUGAGUCGUGCAGGUUUUCAGAUGAUCACCUUGGACUCUGAUCGUAUUGAGAUUGGAUAUCCAAACAUGUUUGCCUUAUUGUACGAUUUGCAGUCUAUGGGAGAAUCUAAUGCCACUAACCGGCGUAAUUGUCAUUUGAGAAGGGAUAUCCUAGUUGCUGCAGAUGCUAUUUACAAAGCCAUGUUCGCCGAGAAUAAUGCAUACCCUGCAACUUUUCAAGUGGUAUCGUUUAUUGGUUGGAAACCGGGUUCUAAUGUGCCAAAACUAGCUAAGCGUGGAUCUCAAAAUGUUUCCUUCAAAGACCUGUCAAAGUAUGCUUCGGGUGAAAAACCAUUACCAUUUCAGGGUCACGAAGAAGUUUAG